UCAGGAAGAAGAUCCAAGGAGCUGGAGCACGCGGAGGAAAGAUAUGCAGCUCUCCUAGAGCGGCGCGCCCAUUUCGAAGUAGAUAAGAAAGAGAUGUCGAGCCGAAGAAGCGCUUCGGUCAAGAUCUUUCGGCCGAUAUGGUUUUGCCUAGAGAGGGGGCAUCCGAUACGUGGUUGGUCAAGAACUUAUGUCCGCUGCCCGUGAAUCGCAGGCGAUAACGAGGUCAGGCACAUUCGCAAGCAGCUCGCAUCCUUGAGCCGUAUCCGACGUUGAAGCCAAUGCGCCUGACGACUGGAAGUUGGUCAUUUGAUGAAGAGGGAGCCUGAGGGCCUCGCCCGGCCACGGCUCCGGUCGCCGGCCACUGACCGCUCACGUCAGCACCAAAUCACCUUUCAUACUAGACACGUCCACUGCGUAGCAGAGCUAUCUCGGUGUCUCGCGCUCAUUUCCCCUUCGCCCAAGAUGAUGACCAAGACGCGGUAUGGCGUCCUUGCGUUCGCGGUCUUGAUCGGCAUGCAUUACAUUCUUAGUUUCUCACACGAGGGAUACGGCCAAGCGACCUCUUUGGAAUCCAUCGCCAAACAAUUUUCUUCCUCCUUUCCCAAAGGGUCGAGCUCGAACUCCACAGUCACCGGUCACAAGAUUUGGCACGAGCCGCCAUAUAAGACUCCCAUCCCAGACACGUUCUAUCUGAAGCCCAACACCACUCAGAGAAGAGCAAACGCCGUCAUCGUAUCUCUGGCUAGGAACGGUGACUUGGAUGGCAUCAUUCGAAGCGUCGCGCAGCUCGAAGUCAAAUUCAAUCAAAAGUUCAAGUAUCCCUACGUGUUUUUGAAUGAAGAACCAUUCACGGACCACUUCAAGAACACCGUCCGCACUCUCACCGAUAGUAAGGUCGAGUUCGGGCUAAUUCCCCACGACCACUGGUUCCAGCCCGAUUGGAUUGACGAGAAUAAGGCGGCCGCUGCGCGGCAGGACAUGAUCGAACAUGAUGUUAUCUAUGGCGGUAGCGUCCCGUACCGCAAUAUGUGCCGGUUUAACUCCGGAUUUUUCUACCGUCACGAGCUGCUCAAAAAGUACCGGUACUACUGGCGUGUCGAGCCCGACGUCAACUUCUACUGUAACCUUGACUACGACCCCUUCCUCUUCAUGCAAGAUGAGAGCAAGAAGUACGGUUUCACGAUCUCCCUUCCUGAGUACGAGCGAACGAUCCCUACGCUCUGGGCGACGGUUAGGGACUUCAUCAAGGAGUAUCCCGAGCUGAUCUCGCCGGAAAACGCCAUGGGCUUCCUCAGCGACGAUGGCGGCCUGACUUACAACAACUGCCACUUCUGGUCCAACUUCGAAAUUGCUGAUCUCGAUCUCUGGCGUGGAGAGGCAUACACCAAGUUCUUUGAUUUCUUGGACUCACGAGGAGGCUUUUACUAUGAACGAUGGGGUGAUGCACCAGUUCAUUCCAUCGGAGCAGCACUCUUCGCUCGCAAAGAUCAGAUCCACUUCUUCGAUGACAUUGGUGAGUUGGAGCCGCACUUUGUCGCGCAGCUCGGACCAAUUGAUUGCCAGGCUAUCACCACAACCCGUUCCAGCACUGUCCGCAGGAGCCAUCCCACUCUCGAGGACAAUGCGGGUGUGACGUCAAUGACAACUUUGAUCGCGAGGGCUGGUCGUGUCUCAAUCGUUAUGAUCGCAUAUUCACAUAGAGUACAUCCUCAUACCAAUGGGUCCCCCACCUUCUCGGACCAGGGUGCAGUCUACACCUCAUCGAGGUCACCAACGGAACCAAUCCAUUUCCGGUCUUCCGUUGAACAUAUCGGGAAACCCAGGAUUGAACUUACCACCAUCCUCUGCUGGGCCCUACCGGACGUCUUUCCAUGCCUCUCCGGUCUCUCCAUUUCGCAACAACUUCCCCCACAAUCAUUCGCGUACUCGCUCCGUUUCCAGCCCGUACUCUCCUUCUCUUCCCUCUCCGCUGUCUACGAGCACUCAGCGCCGUCAAACUCGACCCGCGACGCAGACGGCAAUCUCAAACCCCCCAUAUCACCCCAUACCCGGAGACAUUCGCGUAUUCACUCGAGGAAUCUAUCCGUGUUCUUCCCCCGACCAGGCUCCGUUUCCGAGGCCACUAUUGACGAAGACGGAGUGCAGGAGCUGGAGAUAAGGCCGACGCUGGGGGCAGGGUUUUCGUUUGGGACCACGCCUCCGCCAGAGGAGAUGCCCAUGCCAUCGGCGAAUGAGUCCGGUGGGAUCACUCCUUCUUCCUCUGCCAGCCGGCGUGGUCAUCAUCACAAGCACUCCGUCUCUCAUACGUUCUUUUCGUUUCUCGAGCCGCGGGGUACCGACUCUCAGACACUGGUGACGCAGCCGACUCCGACACCUAUCUCACCAUGGAUGCCCAUCUCCCCCUUUCCUUCGGACGCUUCUCUCAGCUCUGUCCCAGGGAAGACGGAGCCUGCAUUGCUUCGCGACCAGCGUCAGGCCCAGCCCCGUGCCGUGUACCUGGCUACUGCGACGGGGCAAUUCCUUCUGGGAGCGACUUUGUGGGUUCAGGGCCAGCAGUGCGGCUCGCUCUCAGUGACGGCACUGGGCUACUGGGCCGUUUUUGAUGCGAUAGGUGUCGCGAUUCCUCACUUGCGGUUUCACGUUUCAAAACCAUAUGCGACGGCCAGGACUCUGCCGGUUCUGCUGUUCGCGCAGUCAGUGUAUCUGAUGUUCUCGGCGGUCUAUGUGUGUAAAGAAGCGCUGGAACAUCUGCUGCUGAGUGCUGAUGCUGGCGACGGACAUCAUCACCACGCGGGUGAUGAGGUGGCUGGCAUCCUGUUCCCUCUGAUCACCACUUUUUCGACCUUUUGUACGUUGGCUGGCACGGCCCUCAUCCUCGAUAGCCAUGCGCGGCUGGUGAGUCUGGCAGGGAACCGGAUUCCCCCCUUGCGGUACCUACUCAGCUCGAAACCCGCGGCCUCAGCUUCGCUUCUCAGGCCAGAGCCGACGGCACCUCUGGCACGUGCUCUUUCGAAUCCGUACUCUGCGACGCCACUCCUCAUCGCGCUGGGGAUCUUGGGCACCGCCCUGGUUGUUCCCCCGGGCGAGCACCGGCCGGUGGACCUUGCGCUGGCUGGUGCAGCCAGUGCUGCGACAUUCAGCGCAGCCUACAGGGCUUGUAUCGUGCUCGGGGCCGUCCUGUUGCAAACUGCGCCUGCUCGGGGACUGCGUUCAGGGCGGAUGGAGGCAUUUCUGCGAGCGAUGCGAGAUGUGGAGAGACACCCGCAGGUGCUCCAUCUCCCCGCGCCUCAUAUCUGGCAGCUGGCCGCUGAUGGAGGGCUCGAGGAUGGGGAUGGGAUGGUUGUUACACUUGAAGUUCAUGUUAGCCCGACGCUUGGUGACGACGAUGUGUUGAUGCUCACGCGUUGGGUGAGAGAUCGCGUUGCUACCGCUCUGGGGAUGGGUGGAUCUUCCGGUCAGGCCGAAGUCACGGUCGGAGUAGUCAGAGGCUAG